GUCUUUAUAAUUAGAUGGCGCUAUUAAAAUCAAAAAUGGUGGUUAUGCGUUGUUUACGUCAGUUUUAGGCGGUCAAAAUAUUUUAUAGUUUUUAAAUACUUUAUAUCGUUCUUUAUAAUCACUUCUAUCCAAAAUGUACAUAAAACAGGUUAUUAUACAAGGUUUUAAGAGUUAUCGAGAUCAAACCGUUGUAGAACCUUUUGAUAGGCGUCACAAUGUUGUUGUUGGCCGAAAUGGUUCAGGAAAAAGCAACUUUUUCUAUGCUAUCCAGUUUGUACUUAGCGAUGAAUUCUCUCAUUUGAGACCAGAACAGAGACAAACUUUAUUACAUGAGGGUACAGGGACUCGAAUUAUCACUGCUUAUGUUGAAAUCAUAUUUGAUAACUCGGAUAAUCGCGUUCCGAUUGAUAGUGACGAAAUUUACCUACGGCGAGUAAUUGGAGCGAAAAAGGAUCAAUAUUUUCUGAAUAAAAAGGUUGUUCCCCGCUCUGAAGUAAUGAAUCUAUUAGAAUCUGCUGGAUUUACAAAUUCAAAUCCUUAUUAUAUUGUAAAACAAGGAAAGAUUAAUCAAAUGGCCACAGCUCCAGAUGCGCACCGUUUAAAGUUACUCCGUGAAGUGGCAGGAACAAAAGUUUAUGAUGAACGAAGGGAGGAAUCUUUGGGGAUUCUUAGAGAUGCAGGUGGAAGAAUUGAAAAGAUUGAAGAGUUUCUUCAUACAAUUGAGGAAAGAUUAAGUACGCUUGAAGAAGAAAAGGAAGAAUUAAAACAGUAUCAACAUCACGAUAAAAUCAGAAGAGCGCUUGAAUACAUUAUACAUGAGGUAGAAUUAAAUGAAAAUAAAAAGAAGAAGGAUGAUUUAGAAAAGCAACGUGAAGAAUCGGGUUCUGAGCAGAAAAAACUCACCGGAAAUUAUAAAAAGGCUCAAGAACAAAUUAAAGUUUUAACCCGAAAAACAAAAGAUACUAAAAAAGAGUUAGUUUCAAUUAAAGAAGAGCGUGAUAUGUUAAAUAAUGAGACCCAACAUUUAAUAAAAGAAAAGGCAAAGUUAGAUCUUACAAUUAAAGAUUUAUCAGAAGAAGUCCUUGGUGACAACAAAUCUAAAGAGAGAGCUGAAAAUGAAUUAGCAAGGUUAGAACACUCCAUUAAAGAAAAGGAAGCUGAGUUGGAAAAAGUUAAACCACAAUAUGAAGCAAUGAAAAAGAAAGAAGAAGAAUGUACAAGAGAUUUAACGUUAAAAGAACAGAAAAGGAAAGAACUUUAUGCUAAACAAGGUCGAGGAAGUCAAUUUACAUCGAAAGACGAUCGAGAUCGUUGGAUUCAAAACGAAUUGAAAUCGCUAAAUAAACAAAUCAAAGAUAAAAAAGAUCACCGAGAUAAACUAAGCGAAGAUUUAAAAAAAGACGCCGCCAAACAAGUUGAAUUAAAAAGAAAAAUCGAAGAACAAACUCAAGAAACCGAACGACAACGUAUCUGUAUCGACGAACAUAACAAACAAAGUUACGAAUUAAAAAAAAGUAAAGAUCAACAUCAAACGACAAGAAACGAUUUGUGGCGUAAAGAAAAUAAUUCGCAACAAAAUUUAUCGUCCCUUAAGGAAGAUUUAGCUAAAGCUGAUCAAGCUUUACGUUCGAUGGCGGGAAAACCGGUUUUGAAUGGACGCGAUAGUGUAAGGAAAGUGUUGGAUACAUUUUUAAAACGCGGUGGGAGAGAUUCGGAUAUUGUUGGGUCUUAUUAUGGACCUGUCAUUGAAAAUUUUAGUUGCGAUAAAUCGAUUUAUACAGCAGUUGAAGUUACAGCUGGAAACAGAUUGUUUCACCAUGUUGUUAACUCUGAUAAUGUGGGAACACAAAUUCUUAAAGAAAUGAAUCGGCAAAAUUUACCUGGUGAAGUUACUUUUGCCACAUUAAAUCGAUUACAUCCAAGAGAUAUUGAUUAUCCGGAAGAUGCUGAUGCAAUUCCAAUGGUAUUUAAAUUAAAAUAUGAUGAAAAAUACGAUAAAGUAAUGAAAUUUAUAUUUGGAAAAACAUUAAUUUGUCGAACCUUGGAUGUAGCAACAAAAUUAGCUAGAGAAACAGGAUUGGAUUGCGUCACCUUGGAUGGGGAUCAAGUUUCAUCAAAAGGUUCAUUAACAGGCGGUUAUUUUAAUUCAUCCCGUUCAAGAUUAGAAAUGCAAAAAACUCGAAGUGAACUGAUGGAGCAAAUAAAAGAAUGCGAAAAUGAGUUACAAACAUUAAGAGAUGAUCUGCGUAAAACUGAAUCGACCAUAAACAAUCUUGUUUCAGAAAUGCAAAAAACCGAAACUAAAAAUAGCAAAGCAAAAGCAAUUUUUGAUAAAGUAAAAGGAGAAAUUAGAUUAAUGAAAGAGGAACUUCUCAGUAUCGAACGUUUCCAUGUUCCCAAAGAACGUUCUCUCGCCCAAUGCAAAUCUCAUUUAGAUCAGAUGCAAAGUACGAAAGAAAAUUUAGAAUCGGAAUUGCACCAAGAGCUUUUAGCACAACUUUCCGUCGCCGAUCAAGCGAUUGUCGACACGUUAAACGACGAAAUUCAACGAUUACAAAAGGAGAACAAAGAGGCGUUUAGUAUGCGUAUGAAAUUGGAGGCUGAAAAAAAUAAAUUAGACAAUUUGUUAACAAACAAUUUAAUUAGGCGUCGCGAGGAAGUUGUUCAUGCUUUACAAGAGAUUUCUUUGGAAGAUCGAAAACGACAAUUAACGAAUUGUAAGAAUGAAGUUGAAGAAAUUGAUAAAAAAUUAGAUAAAGCAAAUCAGGAAUCACAAGUUUUUGAUAAAAAAAUUAAAGAUAUUUCUUCAAAACUCAAAAGUGAACAAAGUGAAUUGGAUAAAUGGAAAAAAAUGGAAAAGGACGCUCAAGAUAAAAUUGAUGAAGAUGCUAAACAAUUAGAAAAAUUCGCAUCGAAACAAAAUUUGCUUGAACAGAAAAUUGCUGAUAGUGUGGAGAAAAUUAAUCAAUUGGGAGCUUUACCAUCGCAAGAUUUAUAUACAAAAUACGUCAAAAUGUCAUCAAGAGCACUAUUUCGUGAACUAGAAAAAACCAAUAAUCAACUUAAAAAGUAUAGCCACGUAAAUAAAAAAGCUUUAGACCAAUUCGUUGGAUUUUCUGAUCAAAAAGAAAAGCUACAUAAACGUAAAGAAGAAUUAGAUCGAGGUGAUGAAAAAAUAAAAGAACUUUUAAAUAAUUUAGAACAAAAAAAGAUGGAGGCUAUACAAUUCACAUUCCGCCAAGUAUCGAAGUAUUUCCGCGAAGUUUUCAAAAAAUUAGUACCGGUCGGUCGAGCAAAGCUUGUUAUGAAAACGAAAGACAACGAAGAUGGUCGCGAAAUCGGCCCGGAAGAUACAAACGCCGAUAAUUUCACAGGAAUCGGUAUUAAAGUUUCGUUCACAGAAUCCGAUGCCGAAAUGAAGGAGAUGAAUCAACUGUCGGGGGGGCAAAAAUCUUUGGUAGCUUUAGCGUUGAUUUUUGCGAUACAAAAAUGCGACCCAGCUCCAUUUUAUUUAUUCGAUGAAAUCGAUCAGGCCUUAGACAGUCAGCAUCGUAAAGCAGUCGCCGAUAUGGUUCAUGAAUUAUCGAAUGAAGCGCAGUUUAUUACGACCACGUUCCGACCGGAAUUGUUACAACAUGCCAAUAAGUUUUAUGGAGUUAAGUUUAGGAAUAAGGUAAGUCAUAUUGAGUGUGUUACAAUGGAGGAAGCUCGAGAUUUUGUUGAGGAUGAUCAAACCCAUGGUUAAUGAUUUUCUAUAUAUUAAGUCUACUUAGAAAGUAAUAUUAAAAAAGAAUGUUUGAGGAUUAUGAUUUAAGUGAAUUAUUUUAUUGAAUAUUAAACAUGUUAUUCUAAAUCUA